AUGGACUCCUCCCCCUCCUCACUCGCACUCACCCUGGACGACAAGCAGCUCUCUCAUCAUGCCUUCCUGAGCGAUGUCUUGGCCGGCCCCGUUACCCAGGUGUCCCUGCUCUCCGACGGUCUCCCGGGACAACCAGUGUGGCAUCAGAAUGAUGCGGAACUGGAGGCGGUUGCCCAGCAACCAAAGGCCAAAAGAGGACGUAAGCCAAAGAGGAAGCGAACGGGCUCCCCUCUCCCAGACAUCCACAUCAGGAAGAGCAAAGACGGCAGAGGAAACACUCUGUACUUGUGGGAGUUCCUGAUGGCGUUGCUUCAGGAUCGGGAGGCGUGUCCUCGCUACAUCAAAUGGACCAAUCGGGAGGCUGGGAUCUUCAAGCUGGUGGACUCCAAAGCCGUCUCUCAGCUCUGGGGCAAACACAAGAACAAACCAGACAUGAACUACGAGACCAUGGGCAGGGCCCUCAGGUACUACUACCAGCGAGGUAUCCUGAAUAAGGUCGAAGGUCAGCGCUUGGUGUACCAGUUUGCUGAGAUGCCCAAAGACCUCGUCUACAUCCCAGACGAUCACCAUGACGACCAGGAGGACGCGAACCCACGACACCACAGGGGGGCCACAGACCUGCUCUAUGGCAUAUCCAGAGGAGACUGUAACACCACCACCACACGCCGCCACAGGAGGGCGCCAGCGAGAGACUUCGAGGACGAGGAGGAAGAGGAGGGAGAUGAGGAUGAUGAGGAUGAUGAGGGUGGUGACAUGGGAGAGUCUGAUGAGGAGGAGGAAGACGAGGAUGAUGAUGAUGUGGGCCCCCUGAGAGGUUCCUGCCCCGCCCCCUCCACCCCCCUCUCCUACCGCAUGUUCCCAAACGCCACGCCUCCCCCCGGGGGCACCUCACGGCCCUCAGGGGGCACGGGAGCAGCUGACAAGACGGCCGCAGCCAGGCGGGCCCUGAACGGGUCGGGACAGCGGGUCAGAACCGGUUCCCCUGUGAGCCCUGGUCCUGGUGUCGAUCCCGGUUCCGGUUCCGGUUCUAAGCCCGGCCGUCCUCUGGGCCUGAUCCACCAGCAGCACCUGCCCAUCGUUACCACGGAGAUGCUGCACACACUGCAGACACUCCAGAACGUCCAGUCGCUACAGUCGCCACGACAACACGGUUCCAUAUUCCGCACCGCACAGCUACUGGGCAGCCUGAGGCAGAAACAGGAGAACACCAUCGCCCCCUUGCAGCACGGAGUGCCGGUGGCCGUGUCUCCUGGUGACAGCUCUGCCACCCAGAUCGUCACCCUGCAGCUGGUUUCGGUGUCGUCAGGGGACCCUGCCGUUCCCAUGGUAACAUCACCUGGUCUCCCUCUGAUGACAUCAUCAGGUCUCCCUCUGAUGACAUCAUCAGGUCUCCCUCUGAUCAUGCAACAGGUGCCGUCGGGUGAUCAGCUGACUCUGGUCGUCGAGGGCAACCAGCAGGCGAUGGGGCUGCUGCAGGGGGAGGCGGUGACGCCCGUCACUCACGCCAGCGUUGCCACGACGAUAGACACUGGCGCCCCCGCCCCCGUCUCUGUUGCCCCGGCAACCGUCACGCUGGUCAGCCCCGCCCCUCAGCAGCAGCAGCAGCAGCAGCUGGUCUCCAUGCCGACCGGAACCCUCAUCCACUCAGUCGGCACGGCAACCGAGGCGGAGCUGAAGCCGAUACAGCAUGCGGAAGAGGAGGAGGAGGAUGAGGAGAGGAAGGGCCCCGGAGGCCCCGUAACCACGGAGACGACCCCUAGUGACCCCCAGGUAGCGGUCGGGGGAGGGGGAGGAGCAGAGGAAGAGGAAGAGGAGGAUGAGAUGAAGACCAAGAGGAAGGUGGAGCCUCUCAGUGUGAUGAUCAUCAACGACUCCUUUAUAGGAUACAACCCCACGGCCCAGGCAGCCACGGACUGAAGAGUCGCGACCCCACAACCCAACAGCUCAGGCAGCCACGGACUGAAGAGUCGCGACCCCACAACCCAACAGCUCAGGCAGCCACGGAC